AUGAUUUCCCCUUUAAAUCUUCAUUUAUGCCAGGAAGAUUCUCCAAAAUUCCGUAAAGAAUUGAUUGAUUGUGAAAAUUCAGUUUUUGGCUUAGAAAAUAGUAUAAAAAAUCUUGUCAAAUUAGCAAAAUCUAGUGUAGACCUUGCUUCAGAUUAUACUAUUAAGCAACUUCAAUUUGCUGAAGAACUUGGAAGUUUUGCAAAACAACAACCUGAAUCAACAAUAAAAUCUAUUCUUAUAAAAUAUGCAACAUCUUUGCAAGAAGUUGAAAGAAGUCGUAGAAUUCUUAAUUCACAUAUAAAUGAAAUGUUUAUAGAACCACUAGAAGCUUUUGCAAAAAAUGAAAUAUUACCAUUAAAGGAAGUAAAAAAAGUAUUUGAAAAGGCUAGUAAUGAAGCUGACACUGCUAUUGCUAAAUACAUGAACAAAAAACCUAAAGAUUCAACAAUCUCUGAGGCUUCAUUUGAAGUUUCUGAAACAAGAAGGGAAUUUCAUUUUCGAUAUCUUGACUAUGUUUCAAGAUUAAAUGAAUUAGAAGCAAAGAAAAAGUUUGAAUUCAUGGAAUAUAUCUUAGCAUUAAUGUUUACUGAGUCAUCUUUUUACCAUCAAAGCUAUGAAACAAUGAAAGAUCUUGAACCUCACAUGAAAGAUGUGACAAGAUUACUUCAUGAGUUGGCAAAAGAAACUUAUAAUCCAUUAAGUUCUAAAAAGAAACCCAUGGGAAAAUUGCAAAAAACUACUUUAAAUAAAUCAUCAUCAUCUUUAAAUAAAUCUGGAUAUUUAUUUAUGAAGGGAAACCAGAGAGUUAUACAAUCAUGGUCUCGUAAAUAUUUUGUUAUUUCUGGUGAAUAUUUAUAUCAUUCUAGUAGAAAUGGAAAAGUUUCAAAAGAAGAAGAGGAACCAUCUUCAAUAAAUCUCAGAGUCUGUCAUAUAAAACCUGUUCAAAAUAUUGAUAGAAGAUUUUGUUUUGAGAUAAUAUCACCAAUGAAAACUUAUGUUUUACAAGCUGAAAAUCUAGAAGAUAUGGAGGAUUGGAUGUAUUGUUUACAAACAGCAGCUAAGGAAGCAUUAUAUUCUGAUAGAAUUCCAAAAUCAACAUAUGGAGAUGAGUUAUUUAAUUAUGAUAUGAUUGGUGAUUUCAACAUAAAAAGUAAGCAUAUCAAAGAGGAAGAAGAAGAGGAAUUACAAAGAAUACAUAAUUCAAUUAAUAAAAUCAAAGGGUUUCCUGGUAAUUCAAUAUGUGCUGAUUGUAAAAUUAAAGAUCCACAAUGGGCCAGUACGAACUUUGGCAUUUUAUUAUGUAUUGAAUGUUCAGGAAUUCAUCGUAGUUUAGGUGUUCAUGUAAGUAAAGUUAGAUCAUUAAUGUUAGAUAAAUGGGAGCCAGAAUCAAUAGAAGUGAUGUUAAGAUUAGGAAAUUCUAAAACAAAUGAAAUAUUUGAGGCAAAACUUAAUGAUGAUUGUUAUAAAAAUGCAAAUUCUUCUUCAUGGGAACGGGCUGAGAGAGAGAAAUUUAUCCUUGAAAAAUAUGUUAAAAAAAUUUUUAUAGUAAAAAAGGAUGAUGACUCUUUGGAUAUUAAUUUGGAAUUUUGGAUUGCUAUGAAUAAAACAAAUCUUCAUGAGGCUUUGAGGUAUUUGUCACUUGGAGCAAACAUUGAUUGGAAAAAUGAAGAGGAAAAUUCCACAACAGCUUUACAUCAAGCAAUUUUAAGAAAUGAUGAUGUUGCGGUGGAAUUCUUACUUUUAUGGUUAUGUGAUAUAAAUUCUGUGCCUGUUGAUAUAGCAGCAGAGUUACAAAAUGUUGAAGCAGUUACAGCAUUAAGAUUAUAUCAGUUUGAAACUGAAUUGACCAGAUCAGAAUAUUCAAGCUUUGGUGUUGAUGAAGCAUUAACAACAACAAAUAGUCUACCCACUACACCCCCAUCUUUAAAACCUUUAAUAGAUAUAAGUGAAUUGAAUAAAGAUAUUAAUAAAAGUAGAAAUAGUGUUGAUGUGAUAAAUGAUCCAUCUGAUUUGGCAGAUUUGGUUGCAUCAAAACUUGUCACAACUGUAUCAAAUUUCCAAGAUGAUAGUAGCAAUAAUGAUGAAUGA